AGCGACGGCCGCAGGAGUGGCGAAACGGCGAGUGUUCUGGGUGGCGGUGGCAUGGCGGGGCGGCGGGUGAAUGUGAAUGUGGGAGUGCUGGGUCACAUCGACAGCGGCAAGACGGCGCUGGCGCGGGCGUUGAGCACCACGGCCUCCACCGCCGCUUUCGACAAGCAGCCGCAGAGCCGCGAGCGUGGCAUCACGCUCGACUUGGGUUUCUCGUGCUUCUCGGUACCGCUACCAGCGCGAAUGCGGUUGGCGACUCCCGCGCCCUACCCGGCGCUAGAGGCCAGUCCGGAUCUCGGAGAGUCGGAGCUUCAGGUCACGCUGGUCGAUUGCCCAGGGCACGCCUCCCUCAUCCGGACCAUCAUUGGCGGGGCCCAAAUCAUUGAUCUAAUGAUGCUGGUCAUUGAUGUGACCAAGGGGAUGCAGACCCAGUCAGCAGAAUGCCUUGUGAUUGGGCAGAUCACCUGCCAGAAGCUGAUCGUGGUGCUGAACAAGGUGGACCUCUUGGCUGAAGGGAAGAGACAGGCAGCAAUAGAUAAAAUGACCAAGAAAAUGCAGAAGACCCUAGAGAACACCAAGUUCCAAGGUGCACCAGUUAUAGCUGUGGCAGCUAAGCCUGGGGGCCCAGAGGCCCCUGAAACAGAAGCUCCACAGGGCAUCUCAGAGCUCAUUGAGGUACUGUCAACUUGGAUCCAGCUCCUGACGUCCCAGAUAUCCAUUCCAACGAGAGAUCCCUCGGGACCAUUCCUCAUGUCUGUGGACCACUGUUUCUCCAUCAAAGGCCAGGGCACUGUGAUGACAGGGACCAUCCUCUCAGGCUCCAUCAGCCUCGGUGACAGUGUGGAGAUUCCUGCCCUCAAGGUUGUGAGGAAGGUCAAGUCCAUGCAGAUGUUCCACAUGCCUGUCACCUCAGCCAUGCAGGGAGACCGGCUAGGCAUCUGUGUCACUCAGUUUGAUCCCAAGCUGCUGGAACGUGGCCUGGUGUGUGCCCCUGAGUCCCUGCACACUAUCCAUGCAGCCCUCAUCUCUGUGGAGAAGAUCCCAUAUUUUCGGGCACCCCUGCAGACCAAGGCCAAGUUCCACAUCACAGUGGGCCAUGAGACAGUCAUGGGCCGGUUGAUGUUCUUCAGCUCUUCUCCUGACAGCUUUGACCACGAGCCUGUGCUGGACACCUUCGACUUCUCCAAAGAAUACCUGUUCCAGGAACAGUACCUCUGCAAUGAUCUGGUGCCAGGGGCAGUAAGCAGUGAUCAGGCCAAUGAGAAGGUGGGCCAGGGCACAGAAGGCCAGUAUCCUCGGCAGCAGUGGGCCCUCAUAGAGUUUGAGAAGCCUGUCACCUGCCCUCGGCUGUGCCUGGUGAUUGGUUCCAGGCUAGAUGCGGACAUUCACGCCAACAUGUGCCGUCUGGCCUUCCACGGCAUCUUACUGCAUGGGCUGGAGGACAGAAACUAUGCUGAGAGCCUCUUGCCCAGGCUGAGAGUAUACAAGUUGAAGCACAAGCAUGGCCUUGUGGAGCGGGUAAUAGACAACUACAGUGUGAUCGGCCGCUCCCUAUUCAAAAAGGAGACCAACAUCCAGCAAUUUGUGGGGCUCAAGGUGCAACUGUCCACUGGGGAGCUGGGGAUCAUUGACAGCUCCUUCGGCCAAAGUGGCAAGUUUAAGAUCCACAUCCCUGUACCUCCAGGAUGCUUCCCGCUCAACCCUCUUAGCCAGCGAUGAUGGUUACCCACUGAAUCUCCAGGAUCAUUUCCUCAAUCUCGAUCCAGGGUCAAUAAAAGAAAAAAAAACCAAGCAAGUGUCCUUUCCUUGCUCCUGGAAGUCACCCCUUUCCAUUUAAUACUAUCCCAGCAUUCCCACCACAGCCUUCCCUAAGCUCUUUGUCAGAAACAGCCCCUACCCUCCAAGAGUUUCUUGGACGCCAGAGACAGCUGAUUCACCAGAGAAGAUCUCAGUGUGUUUUAUCCUCAACCCAAAUGCCUAGAAAAAAUAGGGUCAAUAAACAUUAGUGGGAAAAAUAAUGAAUCUGUUCAACAGACAUUUAUAAAGCACCUACCACAAAGCCUGAAAAAGCCAAUGGGAAUACAAUAAUGACAACACAGACACAGUCCCUGCUGUCUUGGACCUGACACUGCAGAGAGAAGGAAUCCACUUCUCUGCUUGUUUCCUGUUGGCUGCUUCUCAGCACCUUUGACAGAGCUUGGAAUUGCAUGAUUCAAAAAUUUUGGUUGGCUGAAGGAAGACAGUAAGACUCAGGAAUAACAGAAAAUCUGGAGAGGCUUCUCUUAGGGCUCACACUGAGCUCUGGAUUCUGACCUUUAUGUCCUGAGCCAUAUGCUAGGCACUGGGCUCCAUGUGCUUGAUACUAAAUUCUGAGUUCUGAGCUCCAACCUUUAGGUUGUAGAUUUGGGGAUCCAUACUUAGGGCCCCUGUUCUGGAUUCUAAAUUCUGAGAUCUAGAUUCUGAGGUCAAGGUUCUGGGCCCUAGACUCAGUUCUUGUAUGGAAAUUUUGGAUCCUGGACUUCCGUCAAGAUGGAGGCGUAGGUGGGAACACUUUUCGUCCUCGCACAACCAAAUCUAAAAACAACAAAGUUUUAACGACAAUAAACACAACCAAACUACACAGAAAAUCGAAUACGGAGUCCGGAAAUAACAGACCACUCAACUAAACCAGUGAGAGGAGUGAAACCAACAGCGGAGCCAGUCGGGCAAAAAGAUCCAGGCGGUGCACAGGCAGCUGGGGCACGGAUCCCAGGUGCGGGCUAGCUACGGGCGGAACCCAGGGAAGAGGCACUGCUGGCUGUCUGCAGUGGGUCGCGCAUUUGCAUGCAGAUAAACUAGUGAAGAGGCAAGCAUUGAGACAGAUCUCGCAGGCCCCAGCGACUGGCACAGGGCAGCAGACUCACACAUUUGUGCUUGGAUAAGCAGGCAGGGCACCAGUGAGGCGGACUGGGCAAGUGGAGAGGACCGCCAUUGUUCCCCCUCUGACCCCGCCCCCACAUACAGCAUCACAAACCAGCUACCUGGGUGGCCCCGCCCCGAUAAACACCAAGGUGCCUCUCCUUGUAUGUAACAGGCAUGAACAGAUCAAAACAUGGCUCAAGAACAACUCAGAGCCCCAGAGCCGAUAAAUCUAAGCGAUGAAGAAAUAGCCAAACUUUCAGAUGCACAGUUCAAAACACUGGUGAUCAGGAUGUUCACAGAACUGGUUGAUUAUAGUCACAAAUUAGAGGAAUAUAUGAAGGCUAAACUAAUUGAAAUGAAAGGAAAUGCACAGGAAAUCAAUAGUAAUGGAAAGGAAACUGGGACUCAAAUCAAAGGAGUGGACCAGAAAGAGGAAAAAAAUGACCAAACAGAAAAGGAUGAAGAAACAAGAAUUCAAAAAAAAAAAAAAUGAGGAGAGGCUUAGGAACCUCCGGGACAUCUCUAAACGUUCCAACAUCAGAAUUAUAGGGGUACCACAAGGGGAAGAGGAACACCCACGAGUGGAACACUUAUUUGAACAAAUAAUAAAGGAGAAUUUCCCCAAUCUGGCAAAGGAAAUAGACUUCCAUGAAAUACAGGAAGCUCAGAGAGUCCCAAAGAAGUUGGACCCAAGAAGGAACACACCAAGGCACAUCAUCAUUACAUUAGCCAAGAUUAAAAUGAAAGAGAGAAUUCUAGAAGCAGCAAGAGGUAAGGGGACAGUCACCUACAAAGGAGUUCCCAUCAGACUGUCAGCAGAUUUCUCAAAAGAGACCUUAUAGGCAAGAAGGGGCUGGAAAGAGGUAUUCCAAGUCAUGAAAACCAAAGACCUACAACCAAGAUUGCUCUACCCAGCAAAGUUUUCAUUUAGAAUGGAAGGACAGAUAAAGUGCUUCACAGAUAAGAUCUAAUUCAAGGAGUUCAUCAUCACCAAGCCUUUACUAUAUGAAAUGUUAAAGGGACUUACCUAAGAAAAAGAAGAUAAAAAAGAUGAACAGUGAAAGGACAGCAAACUCACAGUUAUUAACAACCACACCUAAAACAAAAGCAAAUUAAGAGGACAGCUAGAUCAGGAGUGAACCACAGAAAUGAAGAUCACAUGGAGGGUUAGCAACAGGGGAGUGGGAGAAGAAGAAGGGGGAGAAGGUGCAGAAAAUAAGUAGCAUAGACAGUAGAUAGAAAAUAGAUAGGGGGAGGGUAAGAAUAGUAGGGGAAAUAUAGAAUCUAAAGAACUUGAGA